UUGAUGCAUGUGUUUUUGUUUUAUUUGUAAUUUUUCAGUAGCAUUUUAUUAAUCUUCUUGGGAUUUGUAUCUUUAGCUCUUUGAUUAGUUAUGAUUUGCUAUGACCAAGCAGGUCAGAGGUAUAACUGAUUUAGCCUUUUUUUUCUUCAAUUUGGCAUUUAAUUGGAAUGUAAACUCAGAAAUGUGUAUACAUAUACUACAGUUAUUAACAAAAGGAUUUUUUGCUUUUAUUGUCUUCAUAUCAUGUUACAUUUCCAAAUGCCACUGCCUUAAAUCUAUUCAGGUAUCAGAUUGAUUUUAAAAAGCUCUGAUUGAAUGAAUAUGUUUAAAAACAGUUCUGUAAAAUAUAUGGCUACUUCAUGGUUAUUCAUUGGCCAAAUUCUUGAUUGAUCCCCAAUAUUUAUGAUGCAUUACUCUGUCAACUGCAUUCCAAAUUUGUCCCUUCCUGUAUUUUUAUAUGUACAAUUUUCAUUAACCACUUUAGACUGUGUUUUAUAUGUGUAGAGGCAUUUGAUUAGAACUAGAAGGUUGCUGAUUUUAUGCAAAUGAUUUCUAAAGAGUAAAUCAAGAAUUAAAUUUCAACUUGGAUAUUCAAAAAUAAAGGGUUUUGUGAAUAAAUUGAUGAACUUUGAGAUUUCUGGGGUGGGGGUGGGAGGGGUUACACAUUAUAUCAUGUUGCGAAUGCUAAGAUAAUUUGUAAAUAAAUAUAUUAUUUGCAUUUGUCUGACAAUGGGUAAUGGUUUUGUAGCAUUUUUAGAGCUACUGAUGCAUUGUAUACAUGUUGGGAAAAAAAUUGAUCAUAUUUGUAUAUGCUAGCAUUGUUCAUAUGAAGUUUUUCAAUCAUUUUAAAGGGUGCAUACCAAGAACAUUUUGUAUUUCAUCUACAUUUUACAUGCCAUUGUAAAAAUUAUAUAUUAUAGUCUUUCAAAGUGACAUCCUUUACUGAAAUUUUUUGAAAGUAUUUAACAUCUGCAAAAAUUAAAACGGGGCAUUCCAAGUUUUAACAAGAUUGAAGUGUAAUACAAUGAGAAAUUUUGUAGGUCAAACUUCUGAUUUAAAAACUAGAAGAAUUUUUUUUUUCUUUUUGCAUUCUUUACUAAUAAAAUUUGUCAAACCAAAGGAAUCUAUUUUAGUGGUGCUUAUGAUAUGUUGUUCACAAUAGACAAGAGUGAUUCAUGUCCAGUGUUUGUCUGAUAAUGAAUUUGUUACAUUAUAUACACUUCAACAUUAUUUCCCGUGACUGUAAAAUGUGAUUUUUUUUUUAAAUAGCCAUUAUAUGUAUAGUAUGUAUCUAUGUAUGUUAAACUUUCUUAAAUAUUUUAGACCAUGCUAGACAUUGAGUUUCUAUUAUAUGUUAUUUCAUGAGUUUUAAUUAUAAGAGAGGAUUUGACAACAAAAAUUAACAGAUUUGUAUAUAUUACUGUCUGCCAGAGGAGCAGUAUAUUGGAAGUAAACUGUGUUGACCUCUGAAAACCUAGUUUAUGGAUGGUUUUCAUUUUCUGAACAUUUUACAAAAUAUCAGGUAUACUAUAAAUGAUCACAGACCGAAUUAAGAGAUUGGGUGCAUGUCAUUGAUAUUCAGGUGGUCACAUGACCAGUCAUAUGAUGUCUAUUUCUGUUUGAGGUUGCUGUAGAUGCUGUCCCUGGUUGGAGGAGAAAAAUACCAGGUUAUUUAUUGUUUGUAGAAAUUCUAGAUGUGUGUAUGACUCUGGAGAUGCAAUAUUGUAUGUCUUUUUACAUGUAUUUAAGAAUGAAUAAAACCAAAUGACAAAAUUCAAA